GACGGGUUGCGUUUUGUGGCAUUUUAGAGGUUCGAGCAACGUUAUUGGGCAAGUAGUGCAGGGUGGAAUAGAAUACUCAACAUAUUUGGUAGUGUAUUAUGAACAGAUUUGGAAGACACUUCAGAAUUCAAGUUAGAAAUUUACACCACUGAACUAGAGCAUUUGCUUGUGAUUCUACAGCAAGUUGUUGGUACCGAGCAUGAUGUUUUAAGUUUAUAUCAAAUUACCCAUCGUCAUUCAUGAACAUGACAAACAUGUCAAUCGAAUUUGAUAGCUUUCUGAACGAGGCAUGUCAUAUCAGCCAUUUCCACGCAAAUAUAAAAGAUUUGCAAUAGCCCUUUUAUAAGCAGCCACAUGAAAAUAUAUAUAAUAUUAUAUUAGCCCCUUAGUACUGUGAAAUGAUUGAAGCGGAGGAAAAAAGUGACAAACUAAGUGACAACACCUUCUUGUUUUCGGUUCCAACACAAGGCUCGAGCAUACUCGAAGAAUUCAACAAUAUGAGAACGGCUGGAGUGCUUGUAGACGUCGUAAUAAGGGUUGACAGGAGAAAAUUUCCUUGUCAUAGAGUUGUCCUGGCAGCAAAUAGUCAAUACUUCAAGGCCAUGUUUUCAUAUGGUUUGAAAGAAUCUCGCGAAAAGAUUGUUUCAAUUCAUGGAGUUUCUUCUGAUACCAUGGGGUUGAUAAUCGAAUAUGCUUACACAGGAAGAUGUGUAUUUUUAAAGUGUAACGCUGCAGAAAUCAUGAUGGCUGCUGAUUUGUUUCAAUUUUUAACAUUGAAGGAUGCCGCUGUGAAAUAUUUGCACUCAACAGUUGAUAUUAAAAAUUGUCUUUCGAUUCGAAAACUUGCUGAGAAUCAUUCCUGUGAAAAUUUACUUCAGAAAGCAGUUCAAUUUACACGAGAGCAUUUUAAGGAAAUCGUUCUGCAGGAUGAAUAUUUAGAUCUCACUAUAAAUGAUUUAAUAUCUUAUCUGACUGAUGACGAACUAUCUGUCAAUAAAGAAGACGUUGUGUUUGAAGCAGCAAUGAAGUGGAUCGAAGAAAAAGAAGAAGGACAAAACUAUUUACCCCGCGUUCUGACAGAGGCUGUUCGAUUGCCUUUUGUUACACCGGAUUUUUUGAGAUAUCAAGUUGCUGAAAAUUCUCUAAUAAAGAACAGUGACAAUUGCAUAAAGCAGGUUGAGGAAGCAAGAAAGUUUCAGGUCUCAGGGCAAUUUCGAGAAGGUUGUGACGGAUUACAAAGGCGACCUAGAAAGUCUACUAGUAAAGAGGUAUUGAUUGUGUUCGGCGGCGAGAGCAGAAUUGGUAAUUUUCACGAAUGUGUACAAGACGUCAGCUACUACGAUCCAACGACGAGAAAAUGGGCGACAAUGGAUUUAGUACCGGGAACUUUACAUACUCAGGCAUUUGGCGCAGUAUCGUUAGGCUAUGAUAUUUAUAUUACGGGUGGAACGUUGGACAACAAGGCCGUUAACGAUGUCAGGAUAUUUUAUACGUAUCUUAACAAAUGGUGCAACGUUGCUCCUAUGCUACAAGCAAGGUAUCAUCAUUCAGCUGUUGUUGUCAAUGAGCAAGUAUACGCAGUAGGAGGCAGCGACGGAACACACUGUCUCGAUCACGUCGAGCGUUAUAUUUUGUCAGAGAACAAAUGGGUGGCAACAGAACCCCUCGUCCAUGCGGUUAAAUGUCCGGCUGUGGCAGCUUACGAUAACAAGCUGUAUGUAUUCGGAGGAUUUACAGACGGAUAUAUCAUUUGUCAAUCUAUUCAAAUAUACAAUCCGGCCACAUGUUGUUGGAUAGCAAUAUCAUGCCCAAGUAUUGACUACACUUGUGCUCAUGCAAUUCAUCUUAAUCAUAAAAUUUAUUUGUUGGGUGGAUGUUCUAAAAUUGUGAAAGUUUACGACCCAGAGAAUGACUCAGUGAUGCAAAUCACUCACAUGGAGACGAAACGAGACAAUUGUCGAGCGACAGUCGUUGGUGGAAAAAUAUACGUCACUGGAGGUGUCAGUGAAUCCAGUGGAUCAUCAUUGGAUAGUGUGGAAUGCUACUGUCCCGCACUGGACAAGUGGGAAAGCGUUGCACCAAUGCCGCGCAGACUGUAUAGACAUGGAAGCGUAAGCAUUCGAAUACCCGUGUAUAGGAAAGAAAAUCCAAACCGCACAAUCAACGAUGCCACGGUAAUAAACACGAGAUUAUUGCAACAACCACCGGAUUGAACGUGUUAUUGUCAACACUGAUAAAGUUUAAUAACCUGCAUAUCCAAUCACAUGAAUAUAUAUAAUAUAUCUUGCAAUUACAGUGAUAAAUCGAUAGUUUAUUUUGAAGACUUCAUAAUACAGACAAAUGGAGAACUCUGCAGAGCGAGAAAAACCUUUAAAAAAAGUCAAAAACAUGAAAAAUAUCAUGUGCCCGCUCACCAGCACAUACACGAAAAAUAUUACACCAAGCACAAAUGUAGUUAAAGGAGGCUUGGGCCAGAAAUAAAUGAAAAAUAUACGCGAAUGUAAUUUUCAGGCUGUCAUACUUUUAAAACAUUUACCUGAAAAUGAUCAAUACAAUCUGAUAGCAUCAGUAAAUUUGAAUAUGUCUAGAACGAAUGGAGAUGUAAAAUUAAUUUUCCAAUCAUUAUGUAACCUAGUAUACUGAUAUAGCAAUAUUGUAUUGUUAUUUAUUAAAGUAAUGUUCAUUAACUCUCAGUGAUAUACCGAAGUUAUUUAGCAUCAAAUGUAAAUCUUGUUUAACCGAUAAUAUUAUUUCGAAUUCUCCAAACAAAUAUACAAUAUGAUCUCAGUUUCAGGUGUUACGUAUAUAUGAGAGUUCCGCUGGGAAACAAAGUGCAGCGGUGCAUUACUAGUAACCAGAGCUAAUAAUGUUUAACCGAUUUUAGAUGGUUAACGGUUGCGAUUUAUUUUGACCGGUAGGCUAACUGACAUGUCUGGUACAAACACCUUAUAUAUACUGUAGUUUCUCCAAAAAUGAUUAGUUCUUUGCAAAUUUAUCUCCCGUGGCGUUUAAUUCAAAAGAAUAUCUCUACCUGUAUUGAUAAGCACUGAAAAUGUAAAAAAUUAUUGAAGCACUGGUAUUACUAAAUAUGAAAAUUUGACAAUGACAAGCUCCUAAUCAGCUUCCGGUCAGAAUCUAUUGUUCACGAUUUGGUGGCACGAUCGUUUAUCCAUUGUCAUUCAACAAGAGCGCAUUCUGUAACAGGAAUAUAUUAACAUAUCGACAUUUUCGUAAAGCAGUGACGAACGCUUCCAAUAUUUCCAGUUGUGUUGAAUACAAUCGGAUAGUACACUUUUCUUUAUGAUAUCUCAUAGUCAUAGCACAAUUUGCACACCACCACCAAACACUGAAAGUUUUGUCACAUAAAUGACAUUGAAUAACCGAAUCGGUUCCACUAUAAUACUUAAUACCAUAUAUAUGUCGGAAGUACGCUGCAGUAGAACGACAAUGAAACUAUCUCGAUUUUUACAGAGUUUCGAGCAAUACCAGGAUCAGAUC